UCAGUACUUUUGGGAUUAGGGUGGUCUCUGUUUGCCUGCCACACGGUCCUGGGGAGCUUUUGUCUGGGGAACGGCAGCGGCUAGUUCUGUGUCGGUCAAAUUCAGUUAGAACAAAGAUAGAGUAGAUCGGGUGUGGUGGCUGGCGCACACCUCAAUCCCAGCAUUCGGGGGCUGAGGCAUGGGGAGCUCUGUGAGUUUGCGACUAGCCUGGUCUAUAUAGUGAAUUCCACGCCGGUCAGGGCUACAUUCUGAGACCCUAUCUCAUUUAAAAAAGGAAAAAAGAAAAAAGGAGACACCGAUUCUGUUUUUCUUGCGCUCUUCCUACAGUGCUGGGCCAGGAUCCCUUCCAACACAGUGUGCGGCCCAAAGUCAAGCUCUGCCUGUCACUGGGUUUGUGAGCUGAUGGACUUUAACUCAGCUUCUUGGUGAUCGUCUUGGUCAGCAGCUUCAGUCCACAAAGUUGAUUUCAUUUGUUCUCUUACAUAUGAGGAAACUGAGGCCCAGAGAGGUUAAGUGUAUUGGCCAAAGUCAAACAGCUAGUAAGUGAUGGAGCCAGGACUCAAACUCAGCUUAGGAGCGAUGUCCACCUUGUUCCCUUCACUCUUCCCUCGUGUGACUGAGACACUGUGGUUUAAUCUGGAUCGACCCUGUGUGGAGGAGACAGAGCUGCAGCAGCAGGAGCAGCAGCAUCAGGCCUGGCUCCAAAGCAUCGCAGAGAAAGACAACAACUUGGUACCUAUUGGCAAGCCUGCCUCAGAGCACUACGAUGAUGAGGAAGAAGAGGAUGAUGAAGAUGAUGAGGACAGUGAAGAGGAUUCAGAAGAUGACGAGGACAUGCAGGACAUGGAUGAGAUGAAUGACUAUAAUGAGUCACCUGAUGAUGGAGAGGUCAAUGAGGUGGACAUGGAAGGCAACGAACAGGAUCAGGACCAGUGGAUGAUCUAGGUAGACAAGCCAAGGUGGCCUCAGGGUGAUUCCAGGCCACCCCAACCUAUUUUGCAUCCACAGCCUCAGCCCCUCAGCCUGCAGAACCAGCUUGUGGCUUUCUCUUAGGCACUUUCUCAGCUGCUGCCAGGACAAGGUCUCCUUGGGCCCUUCCAGGCCAUCAGUCUUCCCUUGAAUCCCUAGAGCCUGAGCCCAUCCUACCUUCCUGGCUGGUACCUCAUUCCUUGGUUGCCAGGUGUGGUUCCUUUCUAACCUUCUUAAUAAAGACACAGGAGUGACUCUUC